AUGCAGGCGCCCCUUCCUCUCUUACACCGCGUUCUGUUGGCUGUACAGACACUUCUCUGCCUAGGCUCCUGUGCAGCCAUCCAACCUAGAGGCAAUGAUCGGCCAAGCAUCCGCACCUCGUCUGGUGUCAUCCAAGGGAUCGUGCUGCCUGACCAUCCUGAUGUGGCCCAGUUCCUGAAUGUGCCUUAUGCCGAAUCUCCUACUGGCAACCUGAGGUUUGCUCCGCCAGUUGCGAAAUCUUUUGCUGGCAACGUGGAUGCCUCCCAGUUUGGCCCGGUCUGCCUGCAGUACUUCCCACAGGCGUCCCAUGUGGUCUUUUACGACGAGUUCCGUCCUCAGUAUCUUCCCAGCAGAGACACCGUGGCAGCGUCGUCCGAGGACUGUCUCUCACUGGCCAUUUGGACACCUCGAAAUGCAACCAUCCAGACUUCUCAAACGGGUCAGUACGCCAAUACUACUGGCAGUCUUCCGGUGCUCAUCUUCCUUUAUGGGGGAGGUUUUGUGCAAGGCGGAACCAAUACAGAGUACUAUAACGCUGCUCCGUGGAUCCAACGGUCCCAAGAGCUCAUCGUUGUCACAAUCAACUACCGCACUGCAUUCGUUGGGACUCCCAACUCGGCGGGGCUUGCUGCAGAGCAGGCCAACUAUAACUUUGGGUUACUUGAUCAGAGGCUUGCGGUGGAAUGGGUGCAUAAUAACAUCGCGUCGUUCGGCGGCGACCCCAACAAAAUCACUCUCUGGGGUCAAUCGGCCGGUGCCCUGUCUGCUGACUAUUAUAACUUUGCCUACCCUCAGGAUCCCCUCGUUACAGGUUUCAUUCUGAGCUCAGGGAACGCCUUUUGGCCAGCACAAAAUGCUGACACUACGUUUUCCAAUUUUACUACCGCUGCCAGUCAUUUGGGCUGCGGCAACCUCACCGCCGCUACCGAACUCCAAUGCAUGCGCCAGGUACCUUUCUCUCAGAUAAAAGCGUAUUUCCAGGACCCGAACGUUACCACCAAGUACGACUUCACCCCUGUCAUUGACGGGAAGACGUACUUUGGACACAACAAUUACCCGGCCAAGAUGGCUGCUGGUCAGUUCAGCCGCGAGCCGGUGAUCAUGGGUACCUGCACCAACGAGGGCACCGUCAUUAUCCCGUGGGACAGCCCGAGUCUGCCUCCAUUGGAUCAGCUUGCUCAGGCCGGUGUCGUCACGCAAGCCGCGGAGCUUUUACAGGUCACAGAAACAACGGCCAGGAACGCCGUUGGCGUCAUCACCUACGGCUAUUCCAACAACGCCAAUUUCAGUGACAUUUCGCCCUUGCCGCCGCGUCCGGCGUAUGAGGACCAGCUGAGUGCAUACAUGCAGGGACAGUUUUUGGCCUUCAUGAAAGAUCCUGUGAAAGGGCCUCUCCUCAACGGUUGGCCUAUUUCUGUAGGGCCACUGGUCUUGCAAUUCGAUCCGCUGAGCUCGCCAAAUGGGCCGUUGCUUGCUUCGGAGGUUGUCUUGUUGUAA